AUCUGACGUGGCAGGAUUAGGCCCUCGGAAACUCCAAGAUCAUCCCUUCUUCUGAAAAGCAAGAACCUUUACGUCGUCCUCGACUCUUCAGUUCUUCCUCUGUCGCAAUCGUUGCUUCGUUGAAGAUUCUCAGAUUGAAUCGAUCGUUGGUGGCUUUCGACUGUCAUCUCCGAAAGUUUCUAUCUUCUGCGCUAAUGGCGACUAUUUUCAGAAGAUUCAGCCGGAGAAUAGCUUCUUCAGGUACGGGUCAUGGAAUCAGGAGGCUAUCGACGGCGGCGCGUGAAUCGGAAACUGCGAAGUCGUUAAAUCUCUAUUCAGCCAUCAAUCAAGCUCUUCACAUCGCCUUGGACACUGAUCCUCGCUCUUAUGUGUUCGGAGAAGAUGUUGGAUUCGGAGGGGUUUUCCGCUGCACGACAGGUUUAGCCGAACGGUUCGGGAAACAACGCGUUUUCAACACUCCUCUUUGCGAACAGGGUAUUGUUGGAUUUGGCAUUGGUCUGGCUGCUAUGGGUAAUCGAGCCAUAGCAGAAAUCCAGUUUGCAGAUUAUAUUUAUCCUGCUUUUGAUCAGAUUGUUAAUGAAGCCGCAAAAUUCAGAUACCGAAGUGGUAAUCAGUUCAACUGUGGAGGCCUUACGAUAAGAGCACCAUAUGGGGCAGUUGGUCAUGGUGGGCAUUAUCACUCACAAUCCCCUGAAGCUUUUUUCUGCCAUGUCCCCGGUAUCAAAGUCGUUAUACCUCGUAGCCCACGGGAAGCCAAGGGACUAUUGCUGUCAAGCAUCCGUGACCCAAAUCCUGUUGUCUUCUUUGAGCCAAAGUGGCUGUAUCGUCAAGCAGUAGAAGAGGUUCCCGAGCAUGAUUACAUGACACCUUUAUCAGAGGCAGAGGUCAUAAGGGAAGGGAGUGACAUAACCCUUGUUGGAUGGGGGGCACAGCUCACCAUCAUGGCACAAGCUUGCCUUGAUGCCGAAAAGGAAGGGAUCUCCUGUGAACUGAUAGAUCUCAAGACGCUAAUCCCGUGGGACAAGGAAACCGUUGAGGCCUCUGUCAGUAAAACUGGCAGACUUCUGAUCAGCCAUGAAGCUCCUGUAACGGGAGGCUUUGGAGCGGAGAUAUCUGCUACUAUCGUGGAACGUUGCUUCUUGAGGUUAGAAGCACCUGUAUCCAGAGUGUGUGGUCUGGACACACCAUUCCCUCUAGUGUUUGAGCCAUUCUACAUGCCCACCAAGAACAAGAUAUUGGAAGCAAUCAAAUCGACUGUGAAAUAUUAACCAAUCUGACAAGAAGAAGAAGAACCGGGACAGUGCAGCUGCAUGGUUACAUUGAAAAACAAUACUCUCUGAUCUGUGGAAGAAAUCUAUAGGGAUAUGGAAAUAUGCUUAUGGUCUACACUCAUGUGAAAUUGUGAAUAAAGUAUCACUUUAUAACAACACUAACCCUUGGACUUCAA